AUGGACGAGGCCAGUAAGCUGGUAUCCGAGCUGCAGCACAAACUCGCGGAGCUUGAUCAUAAGGUCCUGCAGUAUCGGCGAGACAUGGCGUCCCAGUUUACCAAAUAUGCGGAGGAUCUGCUGCGCGAUGUCCCGACAGAUAUCUCCGAGACAGUUUCGAGAACCAUUGCCGCAUCGAUGAAGGACUAUAAAGACCUCGGCCUAGACCCAGCAGCUCCAGGUUCCGCAGAGUCAUACCGCAUUGCCACAGGCACAGGCACAGGCACCACAGACAACACAGACACCACAGACACCACAGCACCCACCCCCUUUCAGACCCAGAAUGGCCAUGCCGCCCAGAGAUCUCCAGCAACUCCUAACUCCCCAUUCCAGAUAGGCUUUGCGCGUCAGGAUCCUGAGAUGGAGAGUGCGGAUCCUCAUGCGCGGGAGAAAGAGUUCCAAGGGCUGUUUACUCCAAGCUACUUACCGCUACUCGACAGCACAGAUCGAAACGAGCGACGAUCGAGCGGCGACACCGUGGUGGUGUUAGAAGGGGACCAUGGCCAGAGGAACGGUGCAGAUAUUAUCCAGAUCGACGCAGGCACAUCUACUUCGAGAUCGUUAUUGUCUUCCCCCCAGCUGGAUAGACUUCCCCCAAGACGAAGAAAUACAGACGAGCUUUCAAUAGCCUCGGACCUCAGCGAUGGAGUUGCGCGCCGCAGUGCACUUCGACGGUCGUCAUCCUCUUCUGCGAAGCACAGCCCACGCCGAGUUCGUUUCGAGGUUGCUGGUGAGGAGGUUUUGCCAACAUCGUCUCCUAGUCCUUCCGAACCGGUUAUUGUUACAGAUAUACCACUCAUCGCGCAGACGGGAGACGAUUCAGAUGCGGGAGAUUCUGGGGCGGGUGGAGAUGAGGAACCGCCGCCCAGGCGCAUUUCAUCUUCGCAGGCACUGAGGAACUUGUCGAGAAGCCCCUUACUUGAUGAUGGCACGCAGUGGACCACCGUUUCUGCUCCCCCAGAUGGCUCCGCGUCGGUGGCUGUUUCUGACGGAAUAUCUCAGGGAUCAUCCAGUGAAGAUCUUCCAAUUUCGAACGGUCUAUCAUAUUUGAGCAUGGGUGACGAGCCUUACACUCACCUACAGGGCGUAACUCAAGACGACGAAUCCAAUCGGAACCCUCCUACAGAGACCCUAGACUUUAUUUCUAGCGCUAUGAACGGUGAUGAGGAACCUAGAACCAUCGACGAUGAUGUAGAAACGUCAUCUGAUGAUGAUGAUAUACUUGACAUGCCCUUGAGACGAAUGAAGGCUCCGCAUGCAGCUGCCAACAUCAACUCGCCCUCCGAAUCUACAGCCUUCGAAACUAUCCAAUCGCCAACAACAGCAACUACGCACCCAGGCCAAGGCAGUGGUGACGAGCUGCGCUUUACCGAAGACAGUCACGAAAUCUUUCAUUUUGAUGAAAAUAUCGAACAUCAAAUCCAACGCGAGCCCGAGCCUGAGCCCGAAUCAGAGCCCGACGAAUCCGAAAACUCGUCUCGAACCGCUGAACCCCCCGAAAAUGGGCCUCAGCAAACAGUCAGUCUCAGUCAAUAUUCUCAGUCACCCGCACGCAACAUCUUAAGACCCGGCCCUACGCACAACGUCAGCUCAUCUUCCACUGACGUAGUGGGCUCGUACAAAGGCCAUCCAUUCAGCAUGCCAGUCGUCAGCCCUGAGCUCCACGCCCAGGCCGCAUCCCUAGGACACAUGAACAUGUUUGUAGGCAGUGUUGAUGGACGGAGUGGAUUUGACGAGGGUGAUCUCCAGAGUUUUAUGAGCAGUCUAGGGGUUGGAAGUUUAUCCGGAGGGACCCCUAAGAGCAUGAUGCAUCGAAUGAUGCUAGACGACUUUAAGGAAGCCGAAGCCGCUAAGGAUAGAGCGCCGCGAAAGUGA